CGCUCCCACCGUCACCACUCAGUCGGAUCUUCGCUGCGACUGCUAACGAGACUCCGCUCCUUCGCUCCCUCACGCCGUGCUCCUUCCCUCCUUCGCUUCUAUCUAGCUCCCCUCAAGCAUCCAGGACCAAAGACCCUUCAAGAUGUCUCUCCUGCAGCGUUCCAUGAUCCUCGUCACGGCCGUCCUCUGCCUCUCUGUGAUCUACGUCAGUGCAGACGCAGAUGUGGAUGCCAACUGCCUGGGCUGUAUGUGCGAGGCUGCCACAAGGUGCAAUGCUACCACUGCUUGCCACCAUUCUGGUGGUGGCUAUUUCUGCGGCCCCUUCCACAUCUCCUGGGCUUACUGGGCUGAUGCCAAGAAGCCUGUCCUCCUGCACGAUGAUCCAAACCGGCAAGGAGCCUUUGAGGAUUGCGCCAAGGACCUGUAUUGCUCUGCUUCAGUUGUCAGGACGUACAUGAAAACUUUUGCCCAGGACUGUGAUGGUGAUGGUGUAAUAACCUGCAAAGAUUACGUAAGGCUUCAUAAGUUGGGCAGGCUGGGAUGUUCAGCUCCCCUGCCCAAAGACCGCUUCACCAGCCAGUUUGAAGAAUGUGUGACGCGCCUCAACGUGUACUAAAAACAGAGAAAGGUGACUGCAAUGGAGAUGGGAAAAUUGACUGCAUUGAUUUUGCUUACAUGCAUAGACUAGGUGGUUACAGCUGCAAGGAUGCAUCUUUCACCAAGACAGCCUUUUAUGAAAGGUUCAUGACUUGCUGGAAGGUGGUCCAAGAGGCAAUGCCCCAAACUACUACUAGCUCUUCAAACUCUUCAAGCAUUUCUUGAACUGCUUUCCUGCCUUCUCCUUUUAUGGAGAUCUGAGGUGUUUACUGUAGUUUCUGUUACCAGUUCAUCAAGUGUUCAGUUUAAGUUUUAUUAAAUACUAUUUUGCAUUGUAUUGCAUUUCAUGUUUGUUUUUCACUUUCAUUAGCUUCCCUCCUUCCUUUUCACACCUUUAUUUAUGCUGCUCUAUCAAUCACAUAUUUAUUUCUUAUGUUCUUGAUAUUUCUUUUAUUGAUGUCCUUUUAUUGGUAAGAAAGCAGUCAUGAAUCUUCCCAUACCAUUACUAGUGUUGUUCUGAGCAUAUUUUGUUACUGUCAUGGAGUAUAUUUAGGUAUUUGACACUAUUUCCUUUCCCUCUUUUGUGAAGGAAAUUUAUAUUAAAUAAAAUGGCUUUUGUAUUUUCUUACAUUAUGAAAAUUUCAAAAUUUCCUUGUACCUACAAUUUCAAGUAAUAAAGUAGGGUUGAAGCAA